CAAAAGUUAAUUAUUACUGGUUGGCCUGAUGAGGAAAAUUACUUAAAUUAUUUACCUUUUAAUUUCAAUGGGGCUAUCUUGCAUAUUUUUUCUUAUCAAGUUAUCUACUAUUAUUAAAAGCCCAAUUUAGGGCUAAUAAAACUCCUCAGAAGUUGUUGGACUUCAACUCCCAUCAACCCCUGCCACAAUGGCACUUUGUGGAGCGUGAGCCAGAUUGAGAUAGCCUUAACCUUGGUCUUGUGGCAACCAGGCAGAAACUUAGCAGGCAAUUGUCUUACAUGUGUUUGUGAAUUGGUGUUGUGUCUGUUUGUAUUUGUGCAUCUGUUUUCAUCUAUUUGUAUUUGUGCAUUUGUGUUGCCUGUGUGUCUUUUUGUGUGUGUUGAGUUUGUGUUGCAUCUGUUUGCAUUUAUUUGUGUUUGUAUUGUAUCAGUAUUGCAUCUGUUUGCACUUUGCAUCUAUACGCUUGUGCAUUUGUGUUUCAUCUAUUUGCAUUUGUGUUUCAUGUGUGCAUGUCUCUUUGAGUUUGUGUCUGUUCACAUUUAUGUUUGUGCACGUCUGUGCUACAUUUGUAUUGCAUCUGUGUUUAUGUGUCCAUGUGUUUCUGUUUAGUGUGUUUAUCUGUUGUCCGUGUUUGUGUUGUGUACAUUUCUUGUGCCUUAUUUUUGGGUUGUGUGCAUUUUUGUGUGGGAUGCUUGUUUGUGUGCAGUGUAUGUCUGUGUGUCUUGGUAUUGUGUGCAUGUGUGCUGUGCAUGUGUGUUUACUUUUCUGUUUGCACAUGCUUGUCUGUUUUUGUUUUUGUGUGAGUGUGUGUGUGCAUUUUCAAAAUCAUUUCUCCGAACUAUCACUGUUUCCCCACUCCCACCCCACAGUGCUACCAAAUUGUCUCUCCUCCCCGCCUCCCCCCACUUCCCUGAGAGUUCCCCUUCCAUCACUAAAGGAAAGGAACUUACAACAGAAUCCACUAGUUGGCUGCCACUGGAGAUAUCAGAGGACUGGCCAACCUGUCAGCAUUCUAGCUUCAUUAUCAGACCAGCCACUCUCUGUACUGUAUAACUUUGCCAGUACUUGAUUUCCAUAGACUUUAAUAGGACAAGAAUACCUUCAUAACUUUUGAAAUGCUGGUCAAAACUUCACUAAACCAUUAAAAAGCACUCUUCCUAGACAAACCUGACAGAGUACAUCAGUCAUUUUCACCAAAAUUUGAAAGAAAUAUAUGAUAGACAUGGAUACAAAAAAUAUGGACAAAACACAUGGACAAAAGGAGAGCAAUUUGUCUAUUUUCAGCACUUUUUAACUUGCUGUAGCCACAAUUUUUAUCAGAUUUCCUGAUGAGGUCUACAAAUGUGCCAAAUUUCAAGGAAAUCUCAAGUAAAAUACAGACCAAAUUUCAAGUUAUUAGCUCAACAGUUGUCAUAUUUAUAAGCAAUAGGAUUUUGAGGCUUAUAAUGGCAGGAUUUUCCUUCCUUCCUUUUUUCCUUUUUUCUUUUGCUGCUUGCCUUAACUAAAGGGGUAUUCCUGUGUCCCUUUAAGGUACUGCUAUUCAAAAAGGUAAAUGUCACAUGAAUAGUGGAGUAAGCAUGAGUCAGGAAUCCAUAGGAAUGCAGCCAAGAGGACAAUGCAAAGUAAACAUCUGUAAAAUUCCCUUUGUGUUUUGUCUUUGUUUUUGUCCAGUACUGUCCUGGUUGUUAUUCUUUAUCAUACUGCAAGGCUGCAGUGGUGAUACUAGCCCACUGCAAGAGUGCUUCCAGGAGGAGGAUUACGACGACAUUCUAGAGAUAGCCCGGAAUGGGCUGAAAAAGACAGAGCACCCAAAGCAUGUGGUGAUCGUGGGUGCAGGGAUGGCAGGGCUCAGUGCAGCCUAUACACUCUCAGAAGCUGGACAUAUGGUGACAAUUCUUGAAGCCAGCGGGCGUGUGGGAGGACGGGUAUAUACCCAUCGAAAUGAAACAGGAGAGUGGUAUGCUGACCUGGGGCCCAUGCGUUUGCCUAAGGAGCACAGGAUUGUCCGUGAAUAUGUGAAGAAGUUUCGCUUGAAUUUGACGGAAUUCUUUCAAGAGGAUGAGAAUACCUGGUACUUUGUAAACAACAUCAGGAAGAGAGGAAGAGAGGUUAAGAAGGACCCCAGCAUCUUGGGUUAUCAUGUGAAGCCCUCAGAGGAAGGCAAAACUGCCAAGCAGCUGUACAAUGAGAGUUUCAAUCAGGUGGCAGAAGAAGUGAGGAAGACAAACUGUAGCUACGUGCUUGAUAAAUAUGACUCCUUCUCAACCAAGGAGUAUUUCAUCAAGGUUGCAAACUUAAGUCAUGGUGCUGUCCAGAUGAUUGGGGACUUGCUAAAUGAAGAUUCUGGUUAUUACCUGUCAUUUAUUGAGAGCAUGAGAUCUUACAGUAUCUUCUCUUAUUCAGAGAGAUUUGAUGAAAUCAUUGGAGGCUUUGAUAAGCUGCCAAAUGCCAUAUACGGAAAUAUUUCAUACCCAGUGCAUUUCAAUGCCAGUGUGUUCCAGAUAGAGCAGAUGGGUGAUAAAGUCAAUGUGACUUACCAAAAAUUAGGGAAAGCAUUGUCAGAGAUAGCUGAUUAUGCCAUUGUUACCUCCACAGCAAGGGCCACACGGCUCAUCCACUUUGACCCACCUCUCUCGCUUAACAGAACACAAGCCUUGCGAUCCAUCCACUACACGAGCGCUACCAAGGUCUUCCUUGCUUGCACCAAGAAGUUCUGGGCUGUUGAUGGCAUUCGUGGUGGGAAGUCCAUAACCGAUCGUCCAUCCCGAUUCAUCUACUAUCUCUCCCAUAACUUUACAAAUUGCACUGGGCUUAUCUUGGCUUCCUAUGUCUACAGCGAUGACGCUGAUUUCUUCCAGCCUCUCAGCAAUGAUAAAAUAAUUAGCAUUGUCAUGGAUGACCUAUCAGCUAUUCACCAGAUGAACAAAGCAGAAAUCCAAGAUCUGUGUGGCUCCUCAGUGAUAAAGCAUUGGAGCCUGGAUCCAUAUGCUAUGAGUGGCUUUGCUGCCUUUCCCCCCUUCCAGUUUGCAGAUUUUAGUAAGCUUUUCAGGGAGCCAGAAGGCAGGAUUUAUUUUGCUGGGGAGCACACCACCAAUCGUCAUGGUUGGUUAGACAGCACAAUAUUGUCAGGUCUGAGGGCAGCAAAAGCUAUACAUCUCUUGUCUCAGAAGCAGCAGCAACAGUCAGGGAUCCAACUGAAGAACAAAGAUGAACUUUAACAGAAAUACUGCAAAAGAAGAAAUGUCAUUUAAAAGGAGACAGCAGCAAAAAUAUCUCUCAACACCAUUCGGAAGGGAUUUGAAACAAGCAGAGGAGCUAUGUGAUUUGCGGGAUAUUUCUGGGAAGACAAUCCUUCAUUUUGAAAACUGAGUGAAAAGCAUUUGUGUAGUGUUAGGGUUGGUGGUAUUGACCAUUGUUACAUGUGUGUUUCCAAAAAAUAAAAAUGUAGUACAAAUUUGAAGUGAACAACA